GAGAGAGAGAGAGAGAGAGAGAGAGAGAGGGGCUUUAAAGAGGCAACAGAAACAUUUGCUCUGUUACCGGCGAGAUUGACCUGGAAAACCAACAAGUCCUCUGUUCGACGGCGACGAUGAUAGCAUACCUUGAGCGUUUCGUACACGGGAACGACGUCGAAUCGAGGCAAGCCGACGAGGAAGACGACUGUUCCAGCCUCUGCGACGCGCUGGACCUCCAAGGCAGUAUCGACUGCGUGGCUACCGGCUUAGCCGGUAAGGAUUUCGGCGGCGUGUAUUCCUUCAAGCCCUUGGGCUUUGUCAAACCGGCCAACAGCGAUGACGUGGCCAGGGUGGUCAAAGCGGCUCUGCGGUCAUCGAAUCUGACGGUGGCCGCAAGGGGCAACGGCCACUCCAUCAACGGGCAGGCGAUGGCUGAUAGGGGACUCGUCAUGGAUAUGCGUUCCAUGGAGGACCAUUUCCAAGUGGUGCGGAUUAAUGGGACGCCCUACGCCGAUGUGUCCGGAGGGGCAUUAUGGGAAGAUGUCCUAAAACGGUGCGUCUUGGACUUCGGGCUUGCUCCGAGGUCGUGGACUGAUUACCUAAGUUUGACGGUGGGCGGGACGUUAUCGAAUGCCGGCGUCAGCGGCCAGGCCUUCCGUUACGGUCCACAAACGUCGAACGUAGCAGAAUUAGAGGUCGUCACGGGCAAAGGCGAUAUUAUAAUUUGCUCGGAGGCCCAGAACCCUCAACUCUUCUUUGCGGCUCUUGGCGGUCUCGGCCAGUUCGGCAUCAUUACCAGAGCUAAGGUCGAGCUACAGCCGGCACCGGACAAGGUGAGAUGGAUACGGGUGGUGUACACUGAGUUUGAGGAAUUCAGUCGCGACGCCGAGUUGCUGGUGACUCGGCAAGAGAACGACUCGUUUGAUUACGUGGAGGGUUUCGUUUUCCUGAACAGUGAUGACCCAUCCAAUGGUUGGCCCUCAGUGCCGUUGGAUCCGCAGCAGGCGCCGUUCGAUCCAUCUCGAAUUCCGGCAACCGCUGGCUCCGUUCUCUACUGUCUUGAAGUGGCUCUGCACUACCGAGACACUGACCACCCCUCAACUGUUGAUGCGGUAACGAAUUUACCAACCCUCCAGCUCUCUCUUAAUCUCCUGCAACGUAGCUCAUUGAAAUCAAAUGCACCUUAUGAUCAUAAAUUACUCUCUUUUUUCUUUUUUCUUUUUCUUUUAGUUGGGGAGUUCUGGACGUUGUAGGACACAGUAACACUACGUGUGGGGCCGUAAUUGGCCUCUGAUCACUGAGUUUUGACCUAGCUGUUUCCUAAUUCCUAGUUAGCUCUCGCCGUUAAAAUUUUGACCAUGAACCACAACGUGGGUUCCACGCCAAAAACUGUCUCGCCGGACGGUGAAAAAGUCAAAACAGACAUACUUCGCUUACACGUGUAGGCAGCUCAGCAAUGGAGGACGCUCUUUCUCGUGCACCUGAUCGCCACCUAGCAUUUCAGUCCUU